AAAUCGACCCGCAAACGGAUACCUAUAUAAAGAGCACCAGAUGGAGAAUGCAGAGGCGAAGUCCAGAGCAGACACGACGGCAAUGGACGACGAAAUGGAAGCUCUCUCCGGCGCGCACUUCUCCGGUUGGCAUCCUUCAACACCGUCGUCUUCUUCUCCAACGCCAUCACCCUCACUUUCCCAUCCACCCUUCGUCAUCGGUGUCUCUGGAGGUACGGCAUCGGGGAAAACCACAGUUUGUGAUAUGAUCAUUCAACAACUGCAAGAUCACAGAGUUGUGCUCGUCAGCCAGGAUUCGUUCUAUCGUGGUUUAACAAAUGAAGAGUUGAAACGAGGUCAUGAGUAUAAUUUUGAUCAUCCUGAUGCAUUUGAUACGGAGCAGCUUGUAGAAACACUCAGCCAGCUCAAAUCUGGACAGUCAGUUCAGGUUCCAAUAUAUGAUUUUAAGCUCCACCAGAGAUCUUCUGACACUUUCCGACAGGUCAAUGCAUCUGAAGUAAUCAUCCUAGAGGGUAUAUUGGUUUUUCAUGAACAACGUGUCCGCAACAUGAUGGAUAUGAAGAUAUUUGUUGAUGCAGAUCCUGAUGUAAGGCUUGCUCGCAGAAUACGACGUGAUACUGUUGAUAGGGGUAGAGAUGUACUCUCAGUACUGGAACAGUAUGCAAAAUUUGUCAAGCCUGCCUUCGAUGACUUUAUUCUUCCAUCCAAAAAGUAUGCUGAUGUCAUCAUACCUCGUGGGGGAGACAAUCAUGUAGCAAUUGACCUGAUUGUUCAACAUAUCCGUACUAAGCUUGGCCAACAUAACCUCUGUAAGAUAUAUCCAAAUUUGAAUGUGAUACAGUCUACUUUCCAGGCUAGAGGCAUGCACACUCUAAUUCGUGACAAGGAAAUAUCAAAACAUGACUUUGUUUUUUAUUCAAAUCGGCUAAUUCGUUUGGUAGUGGAACAUGGUCUUGGUUACUUGCCAUUCACAGAGAAACAAGUUAUCACACCUACAGGGUCAAUUUAUAUUGGAGUUGAUUUUUGUAAGAAAUUGUGCGGAGUAUCUGUUAUUCGAAGUGGCGAAAGCAUGGAAAAUGCUUUGCGUGAAUGCUGUAAAGGAAUCAAAAUAGGAAAAAUUCUCAUCCACCGUGAAGGUGAUGAAACCCAGCUUAUUUAUGAGAAGCUUCCGAAAGAUAUUGCAGAGAGACAUGUUCUUCUCAUGGAUCCAGUACUUGGUACAGGUAACACUGCCAGUCAAGCAAUCGAGCUUCUUAUAAAGAAGGGAUGUCCAGAGUCCCGUAUAAUAUUCCUCAACCUCAUCUCUGCUCCUGAGGGAAUACAUUGUGUAUGUAAACGUUUUCCGCAGUUGAAAAUUGUCACUUCAGAGAUUGAAGUAGGACUGAAUGACCAGUUUCGUGUCAUGCCUGGGCUAGGAGAAUUCGGUGACCGUUAUUUUGGGACGGAUGACUCCUAGGUUGAGAUCAAAACAGAAAGAUUUUAAGGGGCAGUGAUGUUGGAAUUUAUUAGUGUGUAUAAUAGUGAUUUGGCUUGUAAACACCCCUGUAAUCAUAAGAACCCUACAACCAAAUGAAGUAAAAGUUUUGCUUGAUUAUCCAAUUGUAUCAUGAUGGACUUGGGCAUCUUAUACAGACAAUCUUGGAGCUACUUAUUUAAGUGUUAAUCUUGUUUCACUCUAGAAUGAAACAUUUCUAUAGAUUAACAUUUUGUUCGAAA